AUGGACGAUUUAGACUCUGUUUCAACGGAAAAACCUCGACCCCAAAGUGUUAAUAGUAUUUUAUCGUCUACGACUGAAAAAUACUUUCCUCCAAAAGGAAAAACUCAUAGCUCAUCACAACAUUCUUCAAAUUCACCUUUUUUACCCAAGUUGUCUCGACCCAGCGGUAUAAAAAGAACUGCAUCAUAUAGCAGUUUUCUUGGUGCAAAAGACACGACAUCUCCGUCAACAACCACUUCAGAACGGAAUUCGAGUUUUCAUAUUGGUACUUUUAAUUUUUUUCAGAAUGAUGAAUCACCUACAACUUUGACCAAGACACCAACAUACGAGUAUUAUGGCUUUGUGCUAUAUCUUGUAUCGUUUAUUGCUUUUGUGAUUUAUUUAUUAUGGGCAUAUUUACCUGACGACGCUUUGAUAUCACUAGGAAUAACUUAUUAUCCGAGUAGAUAUUGGGCACUGGCUUUACCCGUCUGGACUUAUGUCUUGAUCCUGUUUAUUUACAUCGCUUUCGUAUCGAUUAACUUUUUAAACACUGCACCAUUAGAUUCAUUCAAUACAAUCACAGACGAUCAUGCCAAUGUCGGUCAAAAUCUAUCUCAAUUGUCUGGUAUUACUGACGACUUUGUACCAGAGUUACAUGACAUUCCGAUUGGUAUCGUUAAUGCUUGUCUUUAUCAAAAUCUAAGGGACUGUCAAAUAAAAGAGAGGAGCGAGAAGCAGUAG